CUCUCUCUCUCUCUCUCUCUCUCUCUCUCUCUCUCUCUCUCUCUCUCUCUCUCUCUCUCAUCAUUUUUUUGCUUGCACUUCACAAAAUUCGAUACUAAUGUCUGCCACCACCUUCACCUCCGAAUCAUCGCAUGUCCACGUGGCACGUGACCGUUUGGCCACUCUCACCGCUCACCUCCUUCCUUCCUCUGACUCUACCGCCUCCGAGGACCUUCUCCAGCCACUCCAGCUGUCUGCUCCGGCAACGGCGACGAGCCUGAAGGGGACACUGACGGUGGUGGACGAGAGGACUGGUAAGAAGUACUAUAUUCAGGUGUCUCCCGAAGGCGCCGUCAAAGCCACCGACUUCAAGAAGAUAUCGGUUGGAAAGAAUGACAAGGGAUUGAAACUUUAUGACCCUGGCUAUUUGAACACUGCACCUGUUAGAUCAACUAUUUCUUAUAUUGAUGGUGAUGAAGGAAUCCUUAGAUAUAGAGGCUAUCCUAUUGAGGAAUUGGCACAGAAAAGCACAUACAUGGAAGUAGCCUACCUCAUAAUGUAUGGAAAUUUACCUUCUGAAAAUCAGUUAUUGGAUUGGGAGUUCGCUGUAUCUCAGCAUUCAGCUGUACCACAGGGAGUUUUGGAUAUCAUACACUCAAUGCCACAUGAUGCUCAUCCUAUGGGUGUGCUUGUUAAUGCCAUGAGUGCUCUAUCUGUUCAUCAUCCUGAUGCUAAUCCUGCACUCAGAGGUCUUGAUGUUUACAACUCAAAGCAAGUCAGAGAUAAACAAAUAGCUCGGAUUAUCGGAAAGAUAACAACAAUUGCUGCAGCAAUUUAUCUCAGAAUGGCAGGACGGCCACCUGUGCUUCCAUCCAAUCAACUUUCUUACACAGAGAACUUCCUAUACAUGCUUGAUUCUCUAGGCAACCGCUCAUAUAAACCGAAUCCCCGGCUAAGUCGUGCACUGGAUAUUAUUUUCAUCCUGCAUGCUGAACAUGAAAUGAAUUGUUCCACAUCCGCUGUUCGGCAUCUUGCAUCAAGUGGUGUUGAUGUAUACACUGCUGUUGCUGGUGCUGUUGGAGCUCUAUACGGACCUCUCCAUGGUGGAGCUAAUGAGGCUGUUCUUAAAAUGCUGAGUGAAAUUGGAACUGUUGACAAAAUUCCAGAGUUCAUUGAUGGUGUUAAAGCAAAGAAGCGAAAGCUUAGUGGUUUCGGACAUCGUGUUUACAAAAACUAUGAUCCCAGAGCAAAGGUCCUAAAGAGACUAGCAGAGGAAGUGUUUUCCAUUGUUGGCCGGGAUCCUCUUAUUGAGGUUGCAGUUGCCUUGGAGAAGGUUGCACUAUCUGAUGAAUUUUUCAUCAGAAGAAAGCUAUAUCCAAACGUUGACUUCUACUCUGGACUAAUUUAUAGGGCCAUGGGGUUUCCACCUGAGUACUUUACUAUUUUAUUUGCUAUCCCUCGAAUGGCUGGUUACUUGGCGCAUUGGCGAGAGUCUUUGGAUGAUCCUGAUACGAAGAUUAUGAGGCCUCAACAGGUUUAUGUUGGGGAAUGGCUGAGGCAUUAUGCACCAAUCAAAGAAAGAACAGAAUCAAGUAACACUGACAAGCUUGGCCAGUUGACCGUAUCGAAUGCCUCAAAGCGGCGGCUCGCUGGAACUGGGAUAUAGUUAUAUUUAAAACAGAGGGAGUAAUUCUUAAAGGUUCCAAAGUCUUUUAUGGCUUAUAUUGCCUAAGUUUUACUAUGGCUAAAGCAGAAUGAGGCAAGAGACCUCAGGAGGAUGUAUCUUCAUAAAUAAUGCGGCCAGUUUUGUAUUCUAUUCUAGUAGCAGAAUAAUGAUAGCAGGAUUUGCAGUUCCAGAGGGAUCAAUCAAUAUAUGCCAAGUAACAUUUGUGGAUGGAAUGAAAUCAAACUCGUUAAUAUUCUUGGUUUUGUGAUCAUUUUAUUUUACAUUAUUGGUGAUAUAAAGAAGUUCCAUUGGAUUUUAUUUUAUUUA